CUAAAAGUAUAAAUAAAAAGUGUAACUAAAAGUAUAAAUAAAAUUUAUAACUAAACAUAUAAAUAAUAAUUAAUAGAACAGUAUAAAUAAAUAAAUAAAUCAAUUUUAAGUGAAUAAAUAUUAAAGAAGAAAAUGCCGAACAUUAAAAAGAAUGUUGAAGAAGUUGAAGUAAUGAAAGAGGAUGACGAAUGCAGUAAAAAUGAUUCAAGCUCAGAAAACUCAAAGUCUGAAAAUGAAUCCGAAGAAUCUGAUGAAGCAUCUUCAGCAGCAGCACUACCACCAGUAGUUGUGAAAAAACAAGAAAUGAAGAGAAAAAUGAAAAAAACCAAAGAAUCACCACCACCAAAAAAAGCUAAAAAGAAAAUGACAACAUCAAAUAAACAAGAUAGUGCAGCAUCCACUAGUGGACAUCAUCGUGCACAACCUAAAAAAAAGAAAACAAACAACUACAGUAUCUACAUUUACAAAGUUUUUAAACAAAUAAACGAAGAAUCCAGCAUAUCAACCAAAGCUAUGGCAGUAAUAAAUGAUUUUAUGGUGGACAUAUUCGAACGUAUUGCAAGGGAAGCUGCUGAACUUUGUAAGAAAAAUCAGACAAAAACAUUAGGAUCAAGAGAAAUACAAACGGCAGUGAAAUUACUUUUUCCUGGCGAAUUGGCUAAACAUGCAAUGAGCGAAGGAGGUAGCGCAAGUCUUUCCUCCUCUUCGCAAAAGGUUCAGUUUCAGUGCAACUCUCGUCGCGAUUGUAGACCUCUCAUCGUUUUUAAAACAAAGUUGCUACAAAUACACCAGGAAAUUAUCGAACAUAACGUACAGGAAGUGGUUUAAAAUUCUAUCUGAGGAAUGAAUGGGAUUGAAUUCCCAUGAGGAAGAAUUAAGUCGCACUGCAAAUUGAAUUUUCGUUUUAAAUAAAUAUCACAGCUAUUUAUAUCUUUAC